AGUUUAUUCGACUAGACACCCUUAAGCUAUUAACAAAUUUUCAGCUUGCUAUUAAUCAACUUUUUUUUCAUACGCGGGAUCCAGACCUAUCAUGGCUCAAGACCUUCGAAUCAGAAUGUUCGCGAUGUGAGGUGGAUGCUGAUAAAGACAAGAUUUUGAUUCUACGUCUGUUUCUUGAUGGAAUAGCAAAGGAAUGGUUUGAAUCAAAAAUAAUAACAUUAGGCUUAGAUAACAGUUUUGAGGUAUGGAAAGUUAAUUUUUUAGAUAGUUUUUGUCAAACAGGUUGGGAUAAUCAUAGAAAAGCUUAUUCUUUUAAGUAUGUAGGUGGUAGUCUUGUUGAUUAUGCAUUUCGCAAAGAAAAUUUAUUGCUAAAUAUCAAAAAUGAUUUUCCUAUUGAUAUAUUAAUCGAUUUAAUUGUGACAAAUUUGCCAAUUCAUAUACAAAAUAAUAUUAAUAGAGCUGAGGUUACAACAAUGGAAAAAUUGAUAGGUGAGUUACGAAAGUUGGAGAGUUCAGUUAUAAGCAAAAAAAAAUCGGAGACAAACCCAAAUUUUGUACAAAUACCUACCAAAUUAAAUACAAUAAUACCAAAAGAAAAAAAUAGUUGUCAAUAUUGUGAUAAAAAAGGAUUCCCUGGGAGGUUUCAUCCAGAGGCAAUGUGUCGUUUAAAGCAAAAACAUAGAAGGACAAUACAAGAAAACAAAUCAAAUGAUAUUCAAUAUGUUAAUAAUAUUGCUAUACAGGAGACAUUAAAUGAAACGGUAACCGACCAAAAAAACUGAAUUUGCUGCCAUUGAUCAAAUUAAAAGUAUUCCUAAAUAAUAGAGAAUUAUGUGGAAUCUAUGACCCAGGUUCAAAUGUUACUCUUCUGAAUUCGAAGGUAGCAGGUAAGUUGGGAUUAGUUAUUCAUGAAGAUAGGAAUAUGUUUAAAACGAUAAAUGGCAGAACAAAUUUUACAGGAAAACUAAUUGCAAAAAUGAAAAUUAAUAAAAUUGAGAAAAAUGUUAAUCUUUUUGUAAUUAAUGAUGAAUAUUUCGAGUAUGAUAUUCUACUUGGAUUGGAUUCUAUUUUGAAUUUUCAAAUGAAACAAGAUUUUGAUUUAGAAAUUUAUCAAAGAUUAGAUCUAGAUAUUGAAGAGAAGAUUGAAAAGUUUAAUCACAAUGUUAAUUUGACAGAAUAUUCAAUAAACUUUAAUGAAGGAAUUCCCACAGAGCUUUUUGAAGCAAAAUUAGAACAUUUACAGCCAGAGCAGAAAAGUAAAAUAGAAAUAUUACUAAAUAAAUUGGACAAUUGUUAAAAGCAAAUUUAAUAGAAGAAUCAUCUUCGCCCUUUGCAGCACCUGUUACAUUGGCUCUUAAAAAAGAUGAAGGAUCUAAAACAAGAUUAUGCAUUGAUUUUCGUGAAUUAAACAAAUUAAUUGUUCCCGAACCACAACCUUUUCCAUUAAUUGACGAGAUUUUGACCAAAACAAGGAAUGCUAAAUUCUUUACUACUUUAGAUAUAAAUUCUGCUUUUUGGUGUAUUCCAGUUCGGAAUAAAGAUAAAUAUAAGACAGCUUUUGUUACACAAGAUGGUCAUUGGCAAUGGAAAUGCUUACCUUUUGGGCUUAAAACAUCACCAGCAAUAUUUCAAAGGAUUUUAAGUAAUAUUAUCAGAAAACAUAAUUUAAAUCCAUUUUGUAUAAAUUACAUAGAUGAUAUUUUAAUAUUUUCAGUAUCAUUUGAAGAACACUUAGAGCACAUCGAAAGACUCAUGGAAGCCAUUCUUGAAGAGGGAUUUAGGCUCAAACUUCUAAAAUGUAAUUUUGCAAGAGAAGAGGUAAAAUAUUUGGGGCACAUUGUGGGAAACAAUUCAGUUCAUCCUUUACAUGAUAAUUUAAUAUCGAUCAGAAAUUUUCCAGCACCAGAUACCAGAAAAAAAAUACGACAGUUUUUGGGAAAAGUAAAUUUUUACCACAAAUAUAUAAAAGACUCGGCUAGGUUAUUAGAGCCAUUACAUAAUUUACUUAGAAAAGAUAUUAAAUUUCACUGGUCUUUAAGCUGCCAAACAGCCUUUGAUAUGGUAAAGAGUAUCCUGUGCUCUGAACCUAUUCUCGCUAUUUUUGACCCAAAUGCUCCUACAAUUAUAUAUACCGAUGCUAGUAUUUUAGGAGUUGGUGCAGUUCUCAAACAAAAACAAGAAAAUGGAGAAAUGAAACCUGUGGCUUACUUUUCAAAAAAAUUGAACAAAUAUCAGAAAAACAAAAAAGCAAUUUUUUUAGAAUGCCUGGCAAUUAAAGAAGCAUUAAAAUUUUGGCAAUACUGGCUAAUGGGAAAGAAAUUUGUCGUUAUUACUGAUCAUAAGCCCCUUGAGGGAAGAGAACUUCGUACAAGGCCAGAUGAAGAAUUAGGAGAUAUGACUCAUUUUCUUUCACAAUUUGAUUUCGACAUUAAAUAUGAACCUGGAAAAGAAAAUGUAGAAGCAGACUGCCUUUCUAGAAACCCAGUUUUGGAAAAUAUAGAAAAUGCAGAAACAUUUAUAAAAACAGUGAACCUAGUGACAUUAACUGGGAUAAAACAAGACCAGAAUAAUAAUCGACAAGCUAUAGAUAAAAUGAUAGGAACAAUUUUUAACCAAGAUGUAUUCUAUAAAUUAAGGAAGAACCAGAAAAAAAUAAUUUUAUCCAAAGAUUUUGGAGUGAAGUUAAUAACAAAAAUUCACAAAUUUUAUGGUCAUAUUUGUGCUGGUAAAGUAAUUAACAAAAUUAGGAAUUUUUACUACAUUAAUAAUUUGGAUUUACUGGCAAAAGAUAUCUGCCAGAAAUGCGAGAUCUGCUGUAAAAAUAAAACAAGAGUAGGUCCAAAAUAUGGUCUCUUGUCACAAUUAGGUCCGGCAAAAGAACCCUUCGAGAUAAUGUCCCUAGAUACAAUAGGAGGAUUUGCUGGCAAUCGUUCAACAAAAAAAAUACCUCCACUUACUUGUAGAUCAUUUUACCAGAUAUGCAUUUGCAGUUACUUCCAAAAAUCAGAUGACAGGUGAUUUUAUUAAACUAAUCUCUAAAAUUCAAGAUAAACACCCCAUAAAAACAUUAUUAACAGAUCAGUAUCCGGGAAUUAAUUCCAAGACAUUUAGAAAUAAUAUGAAACAGUUAAAUAUUCAACUGGUUUUUACAGCAGUAGACUGCCCAUUUUCGAAUGGUUUAAAUGAAAGACUUAAUCAAACAUUAGUUAAUAGGAUAAGAUGUAAACUAAAUGAAACUAGAAGUAGAGCAUGGACAAAAAUAGCUGAAGAAUGUAUAGAUGAAUAUAAUAGAACAGAUCAUUCCGUAACCGGAUACAGCCCAGAAUAUUUGCUUUUUGGAAAAGCGGAUCCGUUUGUUCCCGAGGAACUUUGUGAAACAAGAAAUGUAUCAAAAGAUAAGCAAAUAGCUUAUAAAAAUUCAGUACGACAUCAUGAAUAUAAUAAAAAGCUGUAUGACAAAAAUAGAAAAUUCCAUGAAUUUAAAGAAGGAGAUUGGGCAUAUGUAGAAAAUAAAUCCAAACUAAAUAGAAAAAAACUUGAUGAAGUAAGACUAGGUCCAUUUCAAAUAAAAAAACAAAUUUUACUUAGCAAAUUGAAAUAAGAUUGACGUAUGACGUGUGUCUACCACGUAUAUUUUAAUUAAGUUAUGUAUCUUAAAAAAACAUGAAUUGAAGGCUGGAAGUGGAAGGCAUAUAAAUCACGCUGAUAAAUAUCUGAGUUUCUGUGUUGGAUUAUUCCUAUGUACCUAUUAGGUUUACCUAUGUCGCAAGAAAUUCAAGAAUUUGAAACUAUGUAUGAAUUAAAUGGGGUUCCCUAACAACACACAACAUUCCAGGAAUGUACUACCAAAGUUCUAUCAAUAUUUGAAUGUCCUGGACAUUUAGGGAACAUUCGGUGAACAUCUGAUUAAAUUAUUCCUGGAAUGUUACCAUAAGACAUUCUGUGAACAUACUACCAAUGUUCCUAUAUUUUAAGUUGCCAAGUAAUAAAUACGUGUAACAGAUAUAAAGUUGGAUUUAUAGUUUGACGUAGCGUAGACGUAGACGCAACGGAGACGCACUGGAAAAGAUCAACACCGAAUUUUGUGUACUCGUGUUUAUAGAUGAACGCAAGCGCCUGACGGAACGUAAGAGAAACGUAACGUGAAGGCUGUAUGACACUAUUCGCUCCGAGCGUUAACAAAGUGUCAAAGCAAAAUCAACCGACCUGCUCAUGGUGGCGGUUUUUUGAAAUUUUAUAAGGACGCUUUGUGUAUGUUUAAAUGAAACAUUUAAAAAAAAUGCCGUAUCACGCUAGUGAUAUUAUGUAUUAAUAUAAACAGCAAAUAAAAACGCACUUAAUCUGAUAUAAAUUCUUCACUUUCCAAUAUUGAUCAUCAGUUUGAUUUUGUAUACAUAACCUCACUAUCGCAGUUUAUGUCAAUAAAUCUUUAUUAACGAAAAAGAAAAUAUUUUUGUUGCACUAUAAAUUACAGAAUAAAUUAAUAACUAAUGAAUUCUAACAAUGGUAUUCAGUUAUUAUCACUAUAAAAUAAAAUAUUCAAGUUUAACAAAAUAAUCCCAUAAGACUCAAUGUUAAAACGUCCUUACAAAAUCUGACAGCGUGUCACGUGACUGUGAAUAGAGGGGAGACGCACGGAGCCAAUACAUUUUCUUGUAUCAUUUCUAAUAUCGUUUCUGAUAUGUCAAAAAAAUGCAUAGUGUCAUACACAGAUACAAGAAACGAUAUCAGAAACGAUACAAGAAUUUGUAUCAGGCACAGAUUAUUGUACAAGAACUGCGCCAAUUUCUGCGCAAAGAGCAAAAACGUAAAACCUGCUGGUAAAACAUCUAAAAUGUCAAAAUUACUUACUCAUAAUGGCGGCUGAAAUGAAAAUGGGAUAAUGUAUUGAUGAAUUUAUUUGUGUUUUUGUAGGUAUUAUUUAUAAAUCUUUUAUUGAUACUUAAUAUACCGUUUGGUAUGGACUACUGUUCUACUAAUAACCAUAUAUUUAGCUCCUAGUAAAGUUCAAACUAUAAAUUUAGGUUUCGGUGCAUAAUUUUUUAAUAGACGAAAAUACAAUAGUUCCUAAUUUGGAUCAAACUAAAGAUAAUUCUAAUGCAAAUAUUUUAGCACAAAUAUCAAAACAAAAUAAAAACACAAAUAAUCAACCUCAGUCAACGUAAAAUUCUGGUUAACAUUAAAAUGUUAAUUAUAUAAAAGUUUAUAAAUUUUAUAAAAUAUUUAAAAUCAGCUGUGUCUGUAGAUGCAGUACGCAUAUUCGCCGAUCCCACAACGUACGGCAUAGGAAAAUAAAUACGAACCUCGGAUUGGUCCUAAUAUAAACGUCAUUUACGAGUCAGAGUCAACGUAACCUCAAAUUUUUAUGUGUUUCAGUUGGUUUAACUUUUGUUUAUUUUCCUUUGACUGACCGUUUGGUUUAAUUUUCUUUGCGUUGAAGCUUUUUGUAGUGGAUUGUUUUUACAAGGUUUCUACUUGUGGGUGUACUUUUGUUAUUUUACAUAAAAAAUAAAAUCAGAGUUUGGCGUUAUGGCAUCCUCCCCAAAUUUUCCAAAAGACUAUACAUAUGCAUGGAGUGAUACUACCAGUGAUGAAAUAAUAACAGUAAAAGUAAAGGAGAUUAGUGAUGAGAUAACUGCUAAGGAGUGGAUACAAAAGUGGUCUGAAGCAACUCUGAUGACCUGGAGAGUUAUGCGAACAUAUCCUAACUCUGGCAAAAUUAAUGUUUACAAGGUGGACUUGAGGUGUCAGCAUAACACUGACAAAAGAACUCAAGGUAUAAGAUCUACCAAAAAUACAAACUGUCCAGUUACAUUAUCAAUUGUUGUAAGAAGGUAAUAAAAUUACUGCAUUAGUGAACAAGUGCUCUAUUAGGUUCUUUCCAACACACACAGAGACCCUUCAUUGUACUAUCAAGAAACCACUUGAUAAAUAAAAUGUUCUGGCCUUUCAUCUACAGAGUGGUUUAAUAACCAUACAAUAAUAUACAGUUUUCAUGUGUGUUGGAAUUACCCUAUUAUUAACACUGUAAACUUUUGACUUCAAGUAUUAUCUCGCAGAACUAUUUUUUUCCAGAAAUAAUUAAUAAAUAAAUAAUGCACAUUAGCUCAGUGAAAUGAGCUACCAUAACUUACUUAUUCCUUUUUACUCUACAUGCGGAGCAUAGGGCGUCAACUGUCUGCCGCAACACUUCUUUUCCAUGUUUCUACGGGUCUACCUGGUCUUGUGUUUCCAUGUGGUGUGUAUUCUAGGGCUUGCCUCUCUAUAUUUGUGUCAGGUCUCCUUAGUGUGUGCCCCAUCCAACUCCAUUUCCUUUUGCAUAUUGUGUAAUAUAUAGGUUCCUCGUUAGUUCUUGUCCAUAGCUCUUAGGUCGAUAUGCAGUUUGGCCAGUAAAAUGUUAAGAAUCUUCCUUUUAUUUAUGAACACCUACAUCUGUCUGAUACAUGUUCUUGAUACUUUCCAAGUUUCUGCUCCAUAUAGUAACACAGUCUUCACAUUGUUGUUGAAUAAUCUAUCUUGCUUUUUCUUGUCAUCUGAUGUGACGACCACAUUUUCCUUAGCACAUUGAAUGCGUUUUGAGCUAUUCUAUUCUCUGUUCUACGUUCUCCUUUAUCCCUCCUUUGUUGUUCAAAAUACUGCCCAAGUAGUUAAAUUUCUCUAUUGUUUCUAAUUCCGUGCCUCCCAGUGAUAUUUCCACUUUUCUUGGUGUAUUUAUUUUCAUUAUCUUAGUUUUUCUGACGUUUAUGUUAAGUCUGACCUUCUUCCCUGCCUCUGCUACUUUUUCAGUUUUGCGUUGCAUGUGUUGUAUUUUUUCUGUUAAAAGGCAUAUAUCUGCAAAUUCCAAGUCCUCAAGUUGGUUAAAAAAAAUAAAUAUUUGCUAUAAUAUUAUAUUAUCUAUUAUGUUGUUUACCCUUGGAUAAGAGUGUAAUGUUAUAAACAUGACAUCUUUAUAAUUUUAUUUUCAAAUAAUUAUUAAAUAAAUUAUUUUAUUUAUUAGGUAUUUGUUUUAUAAAUAUUAUAAUUUUUAUUAUUGUAUUUUCUUUAAUAUUUCAUUAAUAAUAAUCUUCUCUAUUUGUUUUACCUGUUUUCCCAUUAAAAACUUGUUUGGCGUCCUCUGUUUCCUAUCUCUCUUUUCAUCUAACCAUUCAGUCAUAAUACAUAACACGCUUAUCCAUCUUUCUAUACUUUAAGCUGUCAUUUUGACGACAGUGACAGCUACCUCCAUAUUUCUCACAAUGGAGGUGGUAAAAUUAAUUUAUUUAAAGAGAUGAGCUAAUAAUACCUUCAUUUAUUUCAACGGAAUCAUAUCCUGGGGUAAGAAAUUCAUUAUAUCUUAUUGUAUUCAUAGUUAGCCUACAUUCACAGUUUUUAUAACCUUUUUUUUCUGUAUCUAACCUCAACUGUUCACACGUAUUUGUUGGGUAUUUUGUAUUCUCUUUAUUAAUAUGCAUGUAGAAGUCGAAUAAUUCAACUAAUAAUAAUAAUUGAAUCGGUCAUUGCGAAAACAAUCUAAGUCCAUAUUUUUGGUAAAAAUGACAUUUCGACGCCAUGAUGUUUUUAAAAUUUGAAUCAACCAUUCCGCAUAAAAACAAUGCCAGUUACUGUUUAUAUUGUAUGUUUAAAUAUUGUAUGGUAGGUCGGUAUGUUUUUCGGUCAGUUCGAAAACAACACAUGUCCUUUACUUGCGUAUUAUGACUGUCUCUUGCUGACAAUAAAAAAAAGGUUUUAGUACCAACAUUAAACAUCAUGGUUCAUUUCGAAAACAACAUAAGUCCAAAAAAUUAAAAACUUAAUAUUAAACAAAUUAAGUCACAUUUAGACUUUUUCUUGUAUAUACAUACAUAAUAUAUCUAAAUUUCUAUGUAUUUUGACUGUUUCUUGCUGAAAAUAAAGAAAAACCAUUAAAAAUUAUGGAUUAUUUCGAAAACAACAUGAACCCACAAACUUAAAAUCUAAAUAUCAAAAAAAAUAUGCAACAUUUAAACUUUUUUUGUCAUUCAGAAAGAUGCAUUUAUAACCCAGAAUACUUAUAGAAAAUAUAGUAUUACCUCGGAAUAUCCAACUAUUAAUGGAAAGAUUUUUACGUUUCCUGAAAAAUUUACACAUUGUAACAUAUAUUGUUUUCGCAAUGACCGAUUCAAUUAAUAAUAAUUUCAUUUAAUUUGGGCACGCCAGGUUUCCUCAACACGAAUCUACCUUAUCAGCAGACUCUUCGAGAAGUGUACAGUAAAUUGAACCUGUAAUUACAAAAAAGAAAUAUGUAUGUCUUUGUACUCACUUUAUAACGCUUAAAAAAUUACGGGAUCUGGAUUUCAAUGCAUAUUUUUUUUAUAAAUCUCGUAUUGAAGUUACACGUGAAGUUAGUCGUAUUGAUGACAGUUGAGGAAACAUGGGCGACCCACUUAUUUUACCCCUUGCCAUCUGCUAGUUUUUUGAAUACUUUUUUGGCAAGGUACUUUUUCUUCUUGAUGUCAAUCUAAUACACAGUUUGAGUUCUAGUUUUUGGAAAUAAAUCGAACCUUUCCCUCUUCGGGAGCCUAAGCCUUCAUCAUCGGUGAUGACAAGGCAGGAAGGAGAUGAUGGAUGCAUCUCAACAUCUACAACAAGUCAACAGCUGUACCAUCCGCCAUCAAGAAGAUCUGCUUACCGUCAAAUACCACAAGCCAUACAUAAGUAUAACUCAGAAUUGUUAGCUUUCGGCAAGAUUUUGAAUAUAUAUGUUAUUGAAUUUUUGAAGUUAUAUUUUAUUAUAUCUUUGUUGUUAAAUAAACAUGAGUAGUUAGAAUAUUAUUUUGUUUGUUUCCAAUCCAGAUCUGCAUUGUUCAUAUUUUUGAUUAGAACAAGACAAACACACACCUUGAGAAUCUGAGCUAUCAUAUCAUAACUAACAUAGUUGAUUGAAAUAUUAUUUUUGAAUAGUAUUUCAACUAGCUGUGGUAGCUGGUCGCGACAAGAGUAUUUUUCUAUUUUAGGUUCAUCAAAAAUUCGAAAUCCAAAAAAGAAGAUCCUAUGAUUAUUAAGGAAUUUCCGACACUUAUAACUAUAAAAAACAAACACAACCAUGAAUUGAAUACUGCUGCAGUUUUGAAGUACAGAGAUGUCUCCAAUGAAGUGAAAGAAAAACUCAUUGAUUUAUUCCGACAAGGACACAACCCAUCAUCAGCUCUAAAUUCCCAUAAAUUAGAUUUAAUGAUGGAAUAUGAGGAUAAUGAUUAUUAUCGAAUAGCUGCAGAUGGAAAAUUCUUGCCCAGCAUCUCAAUAGUAACUAAACUGUUUGAAAAAGAAUUUAAUAGUAAAUAUGGCAACCUAACUGAUAAAGAAAAUUUUGAUCAUUUAGAAAAUUUACUUAAUGAAUAUGUAAAGGUACAUAGUGCAAGAGCUGGAUUUAGUUACACCACAGACAAGGAACAUUAUUUUGUUGUUUUGUGUACUCCAAUAAUGUUAAGAAUCCAUAAAACAGUUGUUCAGACGAGUGAAGUAGUUAUGGUUGAUGCUUCUGGUGGAGUAGACAAACAAAGGCAUAGAAUAUAUUUUCUUGUUACUCCAACAGCUGCAGGAGGAUUGCCUUUAGGAGUCAUUAUAUCAGAUUCUGAAAAGGAAAGUGUUUUUCUGGAAGCUCUUACAUACUUGAGAAAUUUAGUUGGAACUUGUGCUUUUAAUUUUAAAAGACAUCCAAAAGUAUUUAUUACUGAUAAUGAUUUAAAGGAAAUUAAUGCUAUAAAAAAAGUCUUUCCUGAAUCAAAAACUCUUCUUUGCCAAUUUCACAUGUUAAAAUCAGUAUGGUCCUGGUUAUGUAAUCAAAAGCAUGAUGUAAUGAAGGAAGAUAGGCAAGAAAUCUAUUUUAUGUUCAAAAAUUUAUUGUAUUCAGCAAGUUUGAAUUGUGUGAAUGAAGCCUUUAGCAAACUUAUUUUCUUUACCAUCAGUAAAGGUUAUCGAAAAUUGAAUCAAUAUUUAAACAAUUUAUGGAGAAAAAAAGAGACAUGGAUCUCAUAUUAUAGAAAUGCAUUGCCGCUUCGUGGGAACAAUACCACAAAUUAUAUUGAAAUAGUAUUUAGGAUUUUAAAAGACUGUAUACUAAAUAGAACAAUGGCUUUUAAUCUUACACAAUUAGUGGACUUUAUCCUAACUCGUUAUGAACUGUACUUGAAACAGAGACUAACUGAUUUUGGCAAUGGAAGAUACUCUAGUUCUCUCCUUAAAAAAAUGCUGCCAUUCAAAAGUAGCAAUGACUUUUCUGUAGAGAAGCAAUUUGAUACACCAGACAUCUAUAAAGUUAAAUGUUUACAGGAAGAGCAAACAGUAGACAUCAUUAGAGGAAUAUGUACCUGUAGCCUAGGCACUUCAGGAAAAAUGUGUAAACAUUCAUCUGCAGUAAUAUUCUCACUUGAGAAUGACAUAAAAACUGCAUACAAUUUGGUGUGUACAAGUACCAAGAGGGAUAUGCUAUAUAUAGCUAAUGGUAUUCGGCCACCACCAGAAUGGUUUUCCCCAUUGCAAAAGAGUUUAGACAGCAGUAUUCAAACACUUCCAGAAACAUCUGGGACACAAAAAUAUACUGAAUUACUUGCAGAAGACCAUGGAAAUGAUGCUGAUUCUGGAGAAUCUCAAACACUUUCUGACCAAGAAUUAGCCCAAUUAGAAACUCUUUUUGACCGAAUAAAAAAUGGAGCUAAAUCUAAUCCCACUAUAUUCGUACCUGCGAUCCAGAAAAUGUUAUUCAAUGCCACCAGUUUUGCAAACACAGAGACAGGUUUGGUUUCUGCUCUCUACACUUUUGGAAGUUACAGUGGAGUAGAACAAAAAAAUAAGAGAACUUUGAAAUCUACAAAAUCUCGCAGGUCUCAUCGAAUAAAAAUUGGAGUACAACCAACUGCUAUUGGACGUCGAAAGUAUUGUUUGCCAGGAAAACGAAAAGUAAGUGCUGGUCGGCCAGCAGGAUCUCGACUUACCAUAGAAGCUUUACAGCCACACAACUAUACCGCUUUUGGCCAUUUACCUUCUAGGAAAAGAAAGGCUCCUCAUAAUUUGGAAAGUUGUGUAUAUGACAAUAAAUCAUUGGGUAUGACAAAACAAGCCAAAAUGUAAUAUAAAUAUAAAUUUUGACUAUACCCUUAAAUUGAAUUUUAUUUUUUCGCUAUAUAGAUAGUAGCAACAAAAAUUAUUUAUCCUUUUUAUACCCCCCUAACAAGGUCCAAGAUUAAAAUUAAAUGAAAAAAUGUUGAAACAAAUAUAUAUAUAGUAACUGACAUGAAACUUACACCACAGACAAACAGAUUCAACCCAAUAAACACGCUAGUAAGGAAAAUUAAGAGAAUUUAAUGCAUAAGUUAUUAUUUAUGUCUUUUAUGUAGUUUUGGUUAAUCUUUUUUAUGUCUUUUGGUUGGUGUUUCAUUGGAAGCAGGGGCGUAACAGAGGGCCCCGCAGCAUGAAGCUUGCGGGGGGCCCCAAUCGCUUAAGGGCCCCAUCUUGUCAUCUGAUAUUAUGUAAAAAUCUGUUAUUGUUAUAUUAUUUUUACGUUGUCUGUUUAAAUUUAAAAACGUAAAAAUGUUUAACUAUUUAGACGUAUUUGCCAACUGAAUCAUCUCAUCAAUAAAUAUCUAGAAACUUAAUCCCUUCCGGCCUACCGAAAUUUUAUGGCAGCGACAAUAAACUAUAUAAUGCUUUGUACGUGACUAUUGAAAGAUAUUAGAAUUGCAAUUUGCCGAAUUUAAGAACAAUAUUUUUAAAUCUAAAAAUGGGUUUUCUUUCUCUCUGUUCUUUACCUACUUUUAGUUUUCGAUGCAAUAUCGCCAGUAAUUUCAUAUUAGCUGUUUGCAUUGAAUGUUAUUGAUGUUUAUGUUGUUUUACGGUUAUAGUUGCAUCAGUUUGGUACGCAUUUAUUUAACAAUUAUUGACGACUUUUCUUGUGUAAUCAUUGGACAAUCUCUCAACAGAUAAACGGUAAGAUAAGGAAAUUAUAACACUUACGCUUUAGGGAAGUCAAUGUAGAAAAACUUGCAUUGUUUCGGUUUCGGAAAAAAUCAAACAAGCUUAUAUUUUUCUAAAACAUUUUUGUUAGUUUAUAUAUCUUAUCUUAAAGUGAAAAGUUCUACUCACAGAUGCCUCUAAUUGUUUAUUAAUUAUUUAAACAAUAAAACUGUUUUAUAUUAAAUAAUUUUAAAAGAUAUCGGUGAAUUCAUCAUUUUACUUUGUUCAAAAAUGUUUCUAUUUGCUUUUUGAUUAUGCUGAAUUCGAAUAUGUCAUUAAAUUAGGGCCAUAAGUACGAAGUUGCCCCCCCCCCCUACCGGGAGGUCUGGGGUUAAUCACCCAGCAUAAGGAGUCCAGGAAAAAUGAUAUUUAACCACUUGAAAACGCAUUUUAAUGUACUCCAUGACUGAAGUUUCCUGUACCUACUACAUAUUGCUAUUUUAGUUGACCAACACAAAAAAAAAUUUGAAAUCACAUUAUUUUAAGCUAAAUAUUUACCAUCAAUAUAACAUCUUUUCUGUUUUCAUAAAAAAUAUACUACAUAUAAUGUUACUUACAUUCUUCGGCUAUAAUGUACGUUUUUAAUCGCGUGAUAUUGCCUAUAGGCAGUAUAACGCGAUUACAAUCGCGGGCCCCCUUCGCCGCGGGCCCCGAGGCACUGCCCCGGUUGCCCCAAUGGUAGUUACGGCCCUGUCAAACAUUACAAUUUGAAAAUUCAAAAUAAAUUUUUUUGAGCACUUAUACAGUAUGUAUGCGUGGCUUCGAACCAUAUGGGAAACAUUUUUAUUAUCAAUUUUACGAAAAAAGUUAUUCUUCAUGAAAUGCUCUGAAUGGUCUUAAAUCUGAGAUACAAAAUAAGCCUGAUAAACCAUCAGAUAUCAAAGCUUAUCAAUUUUAUACGAGGUAAGUCAAACAAUAGGAAUUUAACUCAAGGAUAAAAUACUGUUAUAUUUAACAAUAUACGAUUUUAAUUUUAAUAUGCAAUUACAUCCUUGUAAAUAAGAAAUUAAUUUUUCCAAAUAUUUCUCAAAUUACCGAUAACCAACAUCAUUUUAUUACAAUUAUAAUAACUACUUUAUUAUUAAUUUUUUAAUUUUACGAAAAAAUUCUUUAUUAAAUUCUUAUUAGAUUCUAAAAAUCAGAUCGUAAAAAGCUCUGCAUUAUCUCAAAACGAAGAUUCAAUCGUAAUAUAUCACAUUUUACCAACUUUGUACGAGGUAUGUCGAAAAAUAUGAAUUUCUCUCUAAGAGUUAAGUACCUUUAUAGUUAUUUAAACAUAUUUAAACAUAGUUUUUAAUUGCGAACAACUUUUUAUAAUAAAAUUUUUCAAUAUUGUAAAAUAUAAAGGUGGUACAGGUACUAUUGAGCGAAAUUAAUAUUUUUUGAUACACCUUGUAUAAAAUCAAUAAAAUUUAAUAUCUGAUUAUUGCAACUUAAGUUUUAUACCAUGCAGAGCAUUUUAUGAAGAAUAACUUUUUUUUCGUAAUAUAGAUAUGUAAUAAAAAAGUUUCCCAUAGGUUCCACGCUACGCAAACACACUGUAUAAGAAAUCAAGAAAGAAUUGUUUUAACAUUUACUAUUUUUAAAGCUGGUUAUUAAAUGUAUUGUAGGUAAGUUGUACAGAAAACAACAAAAGAAGUUGUUUAUUUGGAAUGGGUCUGUAUACCAAUAAAGAUGAGAAAUGUAAGUUGUUAUGAACAGUGAAUGAUAACGCUAACACAAAAAAGUUUUUUCCGCAAAUCGCCAGGAAAUUUUGACAUUCCUGUCAAAAUUUCUUGAAGAAAAAGUCAGGACUUCCUUACUGUAAAGAAAUGUCAUUUCCUUACUGUAAGGAAAUGAUAUUUCCGUACAGUUGUUAGUGUUAAAUUUAUAAGCGUCAAGUUUGACAAUUCAACCUCAAUACGUUUCCAUAGUAACCCAAGUAAUUUUAUUAGGAAUUUCAAAGCACCAUUUAUUUGGGAAUAAAAUUAUCGCGUUUUUUUUAAAUCAAUCAAUAUCUGUCGAAUUUUAAACGAUUUGCGGAAAAAUAGUAUGUUUACCUCGUAGGAAAAGCCACAUUCCUGGACUCUGUGUUGCUAAGUCUCGGCUUGCGCCUCGACUUAGCAAUCUUCACAGUCGUCCAGGAAUGUUAAGCUUUUCCUACCCGGUAAACAAUGUACUAUUGUUAAAUAAGUCGUAUUUAGUAAUUGUUUAACGCGGGAGCAGUCGCGCGUAGAACAAAAUCUAACAAUACGAAUUUAAAACAAAGUUCAAUUUUAUAAUAUUUUUGUUUGCUUGUUAUGUUAAAAAUAUCUAUUUCUAACAAUUUUAAAACUAAUUGGUUCCUACCAAAGCCAUAAAUUCCACAAAAAAAAAAAAAAAUGAAAUUAAAAAAUUCAAAAAAAAUCCUACGCAUUACUACAAUCUUCUUCGAGGCACUUACAAGUGGAAAGUUAUGUUGCAAAAUUUUUCAUUAAGUUAUCACGGAAAAUGAUAAAAAGUUGGAUUUUUUCUAACGGCGCGACUGCUCCCGGGUUAAAAGGGGCCCCAUUUCAAAUUCUGCGGGGGGGGCCCCGACGGAGUUUGUUACGCCACUGAUUGGAAGUUCCCCCUAAGGCAAAUGUAUAGAUUCGCCACUGAUACGUUCCUUGUAUUUGUAGUGUAGCGCUGUUAGUUACUGUAGGCAUAAGAGACUAUACUCCUUUUCUUUAAUACUAGUAAACUAUAAGAUGCCAAGAUCUAAAAAAUUCCUAUUAUAGUCCUCUUCAGGCGAAAUUGAUGUUUUUUGUUCUUGUAACCAAGAGUUUCACGUUUCACUCAAAAGGUUUAACUGAUUUUCUAACACUCAAAAACAAAUUAUAUAGUUUCCCCGUAAAAUCCAGUAAUUAAGAUACCUAUAUUUUUCCAAAUUUGAUAUUUUUCAGUAUAACAGAAUGGCUAAACUAAAAAAACUAGCAUUACACAUGAUUAGUCUUCGUCUUCAGUUAGUAUCAGACAGUUUGUUAAAAAAUGAACAUGGUAUUCCCUUCAAAUUGCUCCGUUUAUCAAAAUACAUAUUUGGAAAAAAUCCACCCCAUACCACUGAAUUCUACUUAAAACUGUAUAGCUAAAUAUUUUUAAAGGGAUAGGCGCAAAAUCUCGGUCCAAUGCUAUUUAAAUGCAGUCUUUUUUUUUCGAAUCCUGAGAAAACUAAUGAAUAUUCUUGAAACAUUUAAACGCAGAAUAAAAGAUUAAAUUAUUACCGAGGGUCUAAAGUCCCUUAGAAUAAACAAAAAGUUUUUUUAAUGAAAUAUUUGAAAUUAAAAAUCACUAAAUUUUCUCUUUUUUUUCACCCCUGUAACUUAUUAAAAUAAAUAUUAUAGAAGUUUUAAGGGACUUUCGGCCCUCGGUACUAAUGUAAUCUUUCAUUCUGCGUUUAAAUUUUUCAAAAAUUCUUAUUAGUUUUCUCAGGAUUAAAAACAAUGAAUGCAUUUAAAUCCAAAAAUAAGUUAUGUGACAUAGCCAAAUUGUAUUUAGCGCCAAAUCAUAAUAUUCCCACGAUAUAUUUAUCACCAAUCGCAGAGCCGUAUUUACUUGCCUAUUCUAUACGUAGUGGGAUCGGCGAAUAUGCAUGCAGUACUACCAUAACGUGACACGGGUGCAUUCAGCAGACUCAAUCGAUGACUAAUCGCUUAGUGAUUUUCUGCUGAAUGCCACAUAAAUUGUCGAUUAGUUAUCAUUCGAUGACUUAUCGGUCGCCAUUUUAAACAUCGGUUUUGAAAUAUGAUUACUUAGCAAAUCAAAAUAAGAUUGACGUAUGACGUGUGUCUAACACGUAUAUUUUAAGUUAUGUAUCUUAAAAAAACAUGAAUUGAAGGCAAGGAAGGCUGAAAGGCAUAUAAAUCACACUGAUAAAUAUCUGAACUGCUUUGUUGGAUUAUUCGUAUCCCAGGCAACCAAGUGACGUCAUAUAACGUUGAGGAAACGUCAGUUUUUGGUUGAAUAUAACACGUGUUUGUACAUUACGUCAUAAAGACGCCUUUUGUAGGUGAUUUUAAAAACGUAAGAUUAAUGACGUUAAAAUUACGUUUAAAAAACGUUUGAAUUUCAGACAGCCUAAGUCUGACGUCACAAAAUUGGGAGGAGCUUGCUUGUUUGUAUUGACUCCAAACAAUUUCGUUUAGGUAUAGAUAACGCUAAAUGUUCAUAAGAAAUUUCUCAUUUAUUGUUUACGUGGUUUGUGCCUUGUGUGAUAAAAUAAGAAUUUUCAUUUAGAUAUUUAGUUGAAGAAACGUGUAAAUUAAGCGAUUUUUAUGUGUUUUUGCUCAGUGAGUUAGUUUAAUGCAGUAAUUCUUCUUGACAACUAUUUGAGGUUAUGUUUAUUUGUUUUUAAUUAAGCGUUAAAUGAAGAUAUUAAGACAGCGUUAAAUUAAGAUAUUAGUAUGCUGGAUAACUUGUUAAUAAAUUAUUUAUUAGUUUCAUAUAUAUGUUGUUUCAGUUUUGACACAGUAAAUAGGUAUAUAUAACUAUUGAAAAUUCUAAAGUGUGAGGGCUGGUACAAUCAUGCAGAAUCAAUGAUGCUUCUAGCCUAGCGCACAAGCGAUCUUAAACAAGUGGUAGUACUUAUAUCUUCGACACAUGGGACGUAGGCCUAUAUGUUUCAUGUUAUGUACCUAUUUUUUAUACUAUUUUGAAACAUCUGAAAGAGGUCACUUUUUGAAAGUAUUAAAGACGUGAUUUUACCGACGUGAAAAAAACGUAGAUACGACUACGUUUUAAAAUCGUCACAAUUAUGACGUCAAAUCGAUGAGACAAAUACACGUGAUUUUCAACGUCAGUACUACGUCAUAGAAACACGUCAAUUGGUCAUUUUUAUGACGUGUUAUCUACGUUAUAAAAACGUCGUUUGGUUGCCUGGGAUGUACCUAUUAGGUUUACCUAUGUCGCAAGAAAUUCAAGAAUUUGAAACUAUGUAUGAAUUCAAUGGGGUUAUUUAUAAAUUACCAUUUCAUAAUAAUUCUCAUUUCUGUUCUUGGGGUGUCUUUCACGUAUUUGCAAAUCAUUUUGAAAAAUGUGACAGUUGUCAUAACCUUUUUCGUAUGUACAUGAAAGUAUACCAUUCAGAAGAAUCGUUAGCGAUUACACAUCGCUAAGUAAUCGAUUAGUCAUCGCAGUUUUCUGCUGAAUGCAGCCAUUGUGACAGACAAACAAAAUUUCGAGGGAGAGAUUAAAUGUCCAGCAAACGACGGCAAUGUUGCCAGAUUCCUUUUAGCGGGAAUUUUAAAAUUUUAUAGCAGUUUGGUUUUAAAUUUGACAGUCCUGUUUUCUCAAGUCAAAAAUCUUAACCUUACUUUUACAAGUGAUUAGGAUUAUUAUUUUAUUUACAUGUAAAUUGAAACAAUAAAUAUUGUGCUGUGUCAUAAUUUCAAACUCAUUAUGUUGCAGUAUUUUCCAGUUGAUAAAAUUGCAAUUCAAAAACUUUUAGGCAGAUUUGCACUGUAAAGAUGGCACAGGAAGAGAACAAGAGUACAAGAACAUGAAACAUCUUAUUAUGAAUGUAUAUGUAUGUGAUCCUCAAAAAAUUAUUUUACAAAACAAGAUAGAGAAAGAGCUUUAAAAUCCCAAGGAUCCUGCAAAAUGGUUAUUUGGUGUACUAGUUGAAUAAUAAUAUCUAAAAAUAUUCAAACUAUUUUAAAACACAUUAUGGGCAUGAGGAUGAUAUAGAGCACUUACAUAAAUACCAAAAUCAGAUAAAUAUCUCUUCAAAGUUUAUUUUGAGACUUUCUUCAACAAUUAAACUUCAGACUGUUCAGGAUAGCAUAAUAGCAUAGGAGGCGAAAUAAAAAGAAUUGAUUUACUUACAAGAAAAGAUAUCACAAACAUUAAACUCUAUUAUGGCAUUGAUUUGAAAGAUGGGUAUAUGUACAAUGAUGAUGCAACCAGUGUUUAUUUUUGGGUUGAAUGCUUACAGACUCAUGUCCAAUAUUAUUUUACAAACAACAGGGCAUACUAAUGGAUAUUCAUUCUGAAUUUAACAUUUAUGAUUUUUGUCUUAUUUUCCUUAAUACUGUGCCAAAAGGAAAUGUUAAUUAAGUUUGGUAAAUCCUUUAUCGCAAUCGAUGGAACUCAUGGGCUCAAUUCCUAUGAUUUUGAACUUAUGACAGUAUUAGUAAAAGAUGAAUUUGGGAAUGGAUUUUGUACUGCUUUCUUAUUUUCAAAUAGAAAAGAUACCUACUUUAAUUCACCACUUUUUUUUAAAUACACGUCUGUGUUGGUAUUAUAUGUACAGUAAUCCCUCGUUAUCCGCGGACUCAUCAACCGCGGUUUCACUUAUCCGCGGUUGCGAUAUCUGUUGAAUCUUUAAUGAGAAUAUUUUAUUAUUUUUAUAUAUUUUUUAUAAUUUGACCAGUCGCGUUAAAUUGCUCAUGAUAUGCCACUGGCGCUUGUUCUUAGUAGUAAUACUAUGGCAAUUAGUUUACAUGUAGUUCGGAAGGUUUAAAUGCGCGCAUCACAAUCUUGGCGAAGUUACUUCGCCAAAGUUGACCGAAGUCCGAAGUACCUCUCUACACAUUCGUUUUACUUCGCGAGGAAGUGCGAUACAGACAAAGAGCGGUGCGAUACCGACAAAGAUCCCUUUGACUCGGACGCGCCAGACCGACAGAGAAUGGAAGUAGAACGAAGUGAGGCAAAGUUACACAAGGUGGCCGUCUACACUCUCGUACUUGUUGAACCUCGAUCGACUUCGGCGAGAGUGUAGACGGCGUAUAAAAUACCGGCGAAUGUAGACGAUGCGUAUCAGUGUUGAUAUGAUAAUACAUUUCACAGAUAUGCAAUUUUAUCAUAUUUCUUUCUAUGUACUAAUAUACGUAUCCAAAUUGGGAUUAUAUGUAAUAUUCUGCUUUGGAUCGUGGAUCCCUCGCCAACCACGGUUUCACCAACCACACAUUUCUCUUCGGAACGUAACCCCCGCGGUUGAAGAGGGAUUACUGUAUUCGCUCCGAGCGUUAACAAAGUGUCAAAGCAAAAUCGACCGACCUGCUCAUGGUGGCGGUUUUUUGAAAUUUUAUAAGGACGCUUUGUGUAUGUUUAAAUGAGACAUUUAAAAAAAUGUUGUGUCACGCUAGUGAUAUUAUGUAUUAAUAUAAACAGCAAAUAAAAACGCACUAUAAAUUCUUCACUUUCCAAUAUUGAUUAUCAGUUUGAUUUUGUAUGCAUAACCUCACUAUCGCAGUUUAUGUCAAUAAAUAUUUAUUAACGAAAAAGAAAAUAUUUUGUUGCACUAUAAAUUACAGUGUAAAUUAAUAACUAAUGAAUUCUAACAAUUGUAUUCGGUUAUUAUCACUACAAAAUAAAAUAUUCAAGUUUAACAAAAUAAUCCCAUAAGACUCAAUGUUAAAACGUCCUUACAAAAUCUGACAGCGUAUCACGUGACUGUACGUAGAGGGGAGACGCACGGAGCCAAUAGUCAAAUGUUUUCAUAUCAGGCAUAAGCGACACCUUUUACAAUGCCUCGUCAAAUGUAAUGGGUAUUACUCCUAAUAGACUGUUAAGUGCCUGGCACAUAGAUAGGGCAUGGUAAGUAAAUCUUAAUAAAAUAUCUGAUUCUGAAAAAAAUCCUAUUAUGUAUACAAGAUGUAUUAAUGAUGGUUUAGAGAGUAUUAAUAGCUUUUUGGGUAGACUUCAAGUGAUGCAGAUACAUACAAUUUUAGUAAGUAUUUCCAGUAGAACUACUGCAAUAACAUCCAACAAUGGGCCUAUUGUUAUAGGAAGGGGUUGUGGAAUUAAUACCAAUAUGACCAUUCAAAAUUUUCAUAAAAUUUUGGAUAAAAGGGUAUCCAUUAGUUGUUAUAAGUUAAGUUUAAAACUUGGCACUCAUGGAGAGCUAUACCAUAAUAUAUAAUAGGUAUAUCUCAUACUAUUACAUCUCAUAUUGUCCACUACAGUAGUAAUGAGUGAUCCUGCAUACACAGAACCAUAAUAAUAUAUUAUAGUUCGUGUAUGCAGGCUCACUCAUUACAAUAGUGAGCAAUAUGAGAUAUAACAUAUUAUAGUAUAAGUCUCUGUGCAUGACCAGAUUAACAUGUUUGGUGCCCAUCUCGAACAAGCUCCACUUGGCUGGUACCACAUACUUAAAUCAUUUAUUUAGUUACACAGUACUACUCACAUAACUUAUGUGUCGUCAGUAUCUUCCGUAAAACAGUCGUGAUGCUACCCAUACGUCAUGGCCACUGAAUGUGUUAAAGCUUGUUAAUGUAGGAGAGUUAUACUAAAAUAUAUAUCUUAUAUUAUAUUGCCUUAAAUAGAAAAAAUAUCUUAUUUAAAUUGUAUCCAUGUAAGUUUUCAUUUAAUGAAAUAAACCUUUUAAUCAAAAAAGUGUUGUUUACU